AUGGCUCGUGAAUACCGCAAGGGUAACUGGACCCUCCAAGAAACUCUCAUCCUCAUCACAGCCAAGAAGCUCGACGACGAACGCAGGAUCAAAGCACCUUCUUCUUCCUCUUCUCCCUCUUCUUCCAACAGAAACACUGGCGAACUAAGGUGGAAGUGGGUGGAGAACUAUUGCUGGACCCACGGCUGCUUGAGGAGCCAGAACCAGUGCAACGAUAAAUGGGACAACCUCUUACGCGACUACAAGAAGGUUCGAGACUACGAGGUCACCAAAUCCUCCUCCUCCUCCUCGUCGCAUCUUUCAAACAACAACCAGUUUCAGUUCCAAUCUUACUGGACCAUGGAAAAACACCAACGCAAGGAACACAAACUACCCUCCAACAUGCUCCUCCAAGUCUACCAAGCUGUCACGCAAGUGUUGCAGAAGAAAUCCCACACUUUUCAACUUCAUCACCACCAACACCAUUUCGUUAACGUUCUCCAUUCACCACCACAGGAACAACAUCCACAAGUUAUGCCAUUGCUAACUUCAACCUCACAGCCACUCUCCCAUACAGCUCCGGCAGCUUCUCAACCACUGCUGUUAUUGCCACCACCGUCUCUUCCACCACGCCCGGUUGACUCCACUACUCCACCAGUUUCAGAGGGAUCAGAAUCAAGUGGCACAGAAUGCAAAAACGAUGACGAUAACUCAGAAUCGAAACGCAGGAAAUUUGAGCAGAAGCUUGGAUCAAGCAUCAUGCGCAGUGCAUCAGAGUUGGCACAAGCUCUUAGGAGCUGUGAGGAGAAGAAGGAGAAGAGGCAUCAAGAGAUGAUGGAGCUUCAUCGGCGAGGGCUUCACAUUGAAGAAAGACGAAGCCAAUUGAACCAGCAAGGAAUCACCAACCUUGUUUCUGCAGUAACCAACCUCACUGGUGUCAUUCAAUCAUUCAUCACCAUGAACAAAGAUCAUGGUGGUCGCAAUGCUGAUGAUCAUGCAUGUUCUUCCUAA